UAGGCAACUUCUACCCGCACGCCAUUGGAAUUCACAGGAUUAGGCUAUUCUUGAAGAAUUGGAGCACAGUUUUUAAAUAAAUAAUAAUCGUUGAUCGGCCUAUUUAUUUUGAUUUAAAAUAUCAACUGUGAUAACAAUACACUGGACGUUUGCGUCGCUGUCAAAGACUCAGUCGGCGUACUUCUCAUUGGAAGAUGCGUUUUUGAGCACCGCCUUCAAAAACAAGCCAGAGGUUCAAUGUUGAGCUCCCUCCGAAACAUGCCUUCACACGACUGACAGACGGAUCUGACUGUUACUGGUAGGAUACAGUGUCCACCUGAAGUAGCUGGCUCCUUUACUCUUGUUUACUACAGGUAUUCUGCAGCCAACUAGGAGUGAAGGUGCCGCGUAACUCAUAUCAGGCUACCUGGCAAAUUGAAAGACGACAGAGGAAUAUGAAGUUGGGCAAGACAUCAGACUCCAGGGCGUGUGUGUAAACCACUAGAGCAGCCGGAGCGGAGGGACAGACGCUGGGACAGACGAAGAGAGGGAGACGAACCACAGAGGUCAGCCCGGUCCCUGCUGUCUCACUCAGGGGUGAGGGGAGAGGUGAAGAUGGCCGACACUGAGGACGAGCAAGGCAAGGCGGGAAAGCUCUUUGAGAACUUUGUCCAGGCGUCCACCUGCAAGGGCACACUGCAGGCCUUCAACAUCAUGUGCCGGCAGCUGGAGCUUGACCCGCUGGACCAUGAGACUUUCUACAGCAGCCUCAAGGCCCGCGUCACCUCCUGGAAGGCCAAGGCCCUGUGGAGCAAGCUGGACAAGAGGACCAACCACAAAGAGUACAAGAAGGGGGCAGCCUGCGCUGGCACCAAGUGUCUGAUCAUUGGUGGGGGCCCAUGUGGAUUGAGGACGGCCAUCGAGCUGGCUUUGCUCGGGGCUAAAGUGGUGGUGAUCGAGAAGAGGGACACGUUCUCCCGCAACAAUGUGCUCCACCUCUGGCCCUACACCAUCCACGACCUCCGGGGCCUGGGGGCAAAGAAGUUCUACGGCAAGUUCUGCGCCGGAGCCAUAGACCACAUCAGUAUUCGGCAGCUGCAGCUCAUGCUUUUGAAAAUCGCCCUGCUCGUAGCCGUUGAGUUCCACGUCAACGUGGAGUUCGUCAAGCUGCUGGAGCCUCCAGAAGACCAAGAGAAUGAAGGACCUGGUUGGAGGGCAGAACUCCGUCCUGCUGAUCACCCUGUGGCGGACUUCGACUUUGACGUGGUGGUGGGAGCGGACGGCAGACGCAACACUCUGGAAGGCUUUAAGAGGAAGGAGUUUCGGGGGAAACUAGCCAUCGCCAUCACGGCCAAUUUCAUCAACAGGAACACCACAGCCGAGGCCAAAGUGGAGGAGAUCAGUGGGGUGGCCUUCAUCUUCAACCAGAAAUUCUUUAUGGACCUCAAAGACGAGACAGGCAUCGAUCUGGAGAACAUCGUCUACUACAGGGAUAAUACACACUACUUUGUCAUGACGGCAAAGAAGCAGAGUUUACUGGACAAGGGAGUCAUCAUUAACGACUAUAUUGACACUGAGAUGCUGCUGAACAGUACCAACGUGGACCAGGAGGCUUUGCUGGGCUAUGCCCGGGAGGCGGCUGACUACGCCACCCACUACCAGCUGCCCACCCUGGACUUUGCCAUGAACCACCUGGGCCAGCCCGACGUGGCCAUGUUCGACUUCACCUGCAUGUACGCCUCCGAGAACGCGGCGCUCGUCCGGGAGCGCUUCGGACACCAGUUGCUGGUGGCGUUAGUGGGAGACAGUUUACUAGAGCCGUUCUGGCCAAUGGGCACGGGGUGCGCCCGUGGUUUCCUGGCAGCGUUUGACACGGCCUGGAUGGUGAAGAGCUGGGCUCAGGGCAGAGCGCCCAUAGAGGUGCUGGCAGAGAGAGAAAGUCUGUACCGGCUACUACCUCAGACCACACCUGCGAACAUCGCCAAAGACUUUGACCAGUAUACUGUUGACCCAGGGACGCGUUACCCCAACCUCAAUUCAAACUGCGUCAGACCUCACCAGGUGCGUCACCUCUACAUCAAUGGAGAGCUGAAGGCCUGUUCUUUAGAGCGAGCAGCAACAGUGCGCCGCCCCGUCAACCUGUCUAGACGAGAAUCCGAGGUGAGGCCUGGCCGGCUGCAGACCUGGUGUCAGAAGCAGACAGAUGGCUACCGGGGCGUGAGCGUGUGUGACCUCACUUCCUCCUGGGCCAACGGCCUGGCCCUGUGUGCCCUCAUCCACCGCUUCAGGCCCGGCCUCAUAGAUUAUGAUUCGCUCAACGAGGAGGACUGCGCUCAGAACCUGCAGUUGGCCUUUGACGUUUCCGAGCGCGAGUUCGGCAUCAAGCCGUUCUCCACUGGCAAGGACUUGGCCGGCGGCCAGGAGCCGGACAAAGUCACCAUGGUUACCUACCUGUCCAAGUUUUACGAGCUGUUCAGGGGAACGCCUCUCCCACCCUCAGAUUCAAGGAGAGAGGGCGAUGCUAACGACAAUGACUCUUCUCACAAACCCACACGGCCUGUUUACAAAUCAUUCAGCUUCACACAGCCAAGAAAGCGGAUACCAAAGGAUGAUAAGAAGCUGGAGGAAAAUGACCCGACCUACAAGCGAAGACGGAAGAUUUGCAGCUAUUUAGAAGAGGCCACAAAUUUUUCCAGUCAGAGUUCGUCGGCAAGUAAAGACGGGCAGGAACUCAAGGAGAACAAGGUGAAGUCCAUGGCUACCCAGCUUCUGGCCAAGUUUGAGGAGCGUGCCCCUAGCUGCAGCCUCCGAAGACAGAGGAAAGCCCAGACGCAGAAUGCUCGAGAGUUUCACAAAAAGAGCAUAAAGGAGAAAGCCGUCCACUUGAGCUCUCUGUUCUCCAGCUCCGAGACCUCGGCGGCUCAGAGGCCACAAGAAUUAGAUAUGCAGCUUUGUAGAAACACAGCUCAGAGACAAGCAGUCAAUGACAUUCGGAUGCGUAGAGCCAACACAUCCCAUUUUACGCUCCACAAGCAAAUAGAAACACCCCAGUCAAAGCAGGAGCCUGCUGCUCCCAAGCAGCGCACGGUGGGGAAGGUGUCUCUGGUGGUAGGAGCCAGGGCUGAGACUAUAGCCUCUCUCUAUGAGAGCGAUCACAGGCCCAAGGCCAACAGUCCUCCUACCUCCCCGGGCUCCUUCCGUAGGGAGUUAGGUGGCAGCGAGUUAUGUCACGCCUGUAACAGACGGGUCUAUGUUGUGGAGAGAAUCAGUGCUGAGGGCUUGUUCUUCCACAGAGAGUGUUUCCGCUGUGACACAUGCAGUGCUUCGUUAAGCCAGGGAAGACAUGCCUUCGAUUCUGAAACUGGCAAGCUGUACUGCAAACUGCACUUUGCGCAACGCACAUCCGGUGUGAAGCGAGAGAGAGCUUUUGGUCUGCACAUGAGAAACCACGGCACAGAUGUCCAGGACGGCCCUGAGACGGACGGUUCCAGUGUGGGCAACAGCGCGCGGCAGUCUCCAGGUACCCUGGGCUCGCUGCUCAGGAAGAGCCUGAGUUGGCCCGUGCACGUGACGCGGGCCGUGUGUGCCGUGCCCCGCCGCCUGUCCUGCUGGCUACGUGGCGCCGCCCAGGCCACGCGUGUCCACCUCUGGGCCCACGCAGAGGACUAUGGCUUCCUGUACGAGCUGCUGAGCGUGGGCCUGCCCCUGAUGGGCAUCCAGAUGGAGGUUUUGCUCCACAUGUACGCCGAGCUCGAGCGCGGCGCUGACGCGGCCCCCGGCCCUGGGCCACUGUCCCCCCAGACCCUCGUACAGUGGGCCCAACAGCAGCUGGGCCUCACGCCCACUUAAAAAAGAAUGGAACUCCCAUGAUCCUCUGGGGCUCCAUGCCAUUUUAGAGCUUUCAUUCGCGUUUCCUCAACGCAUGUUUGAACUGCAUGCUGGUAUUGAUGAUGGCUGGCCACUGUGUAUAUACCUGUAAACAAGUUUGUUUGUUUUUUUCCUAACAAUCUGCUCAAAGCAGGCCGUAGUUUGCUCUUAAGGUAAUUUCAAGAAAAUUAAAGACAAUUAGCAAGUGCCUGAUGUAAAACAUAUGUUUCACGUCCUAGGAUUGAUGUGUGUGUGUAGCGCGAUAUGCCUGAAGAAUCUAAAUGUACAUCCUUACAUCCAAAUCUCUUUUCUGAAUCUAUCUGAUGAGUUGCUCAGGACAACUCCUCCAGAUGUGUUUUCAGUGCUUUUACUUCAGGUUACUGUAGUCCCAGUCUUUCUGAACAUUGUGAAUAAUGCACAAUGUCUUGAAGCACUUUAUAAUGGUGGUCUGUCCUGGCCCGUGCAUGUGCCUGUUUGAGAGAUUGUUUUUAUGAAUUUGUUGUGUGCAGAUAAGAAUGAUGAGAUUUGUGCAAAUGCUGUACGUUUACUAAACCCAAUAGAACUCAGCAGGAGAGGCAGUGUGUGCCUGUAAGGCCAUGUGCAAUGAAAAUACCAAAACAGGGUUUCAUCUUUUAAGCCAUUCACUGCCAAAUCUUCCUUUAACAGGUUUACAUUUGUGUGUGUGGAUGUGUGUGUUACAAUCUUCCGUUAGAAAACAUAUGAGAAGUAUCUUCCAUCUCAAACAUGCUGUACCAUUGAAUUGUAACACUUUUUUUAUUUGACUUUUUUUUCCCCCCAAACUAUAAUUUUGCUGACUUGUGCAGUUGUGCCUGUACGUUUGUGUUCUUGAAAUGCAGCUGGAUGAAAGUAGGCCUGUGGGAUCUCUCUGACUGGCAUACCCUUGGUGCCAUCUCUUUUCCAGUCCAUGUAAAGAUGACCCAGGUUCAGAGAAGGAUGAGUUUCAUACCCUCUUCUCUUUGCAGGACAGAGUUAGAAAUUGACGAAAAAAGGUGCACUGAGCACCUUCAUCGUCUGCUUGAUUUCUGACAGCAGAGAGAAGAACGGCAGAAUUAACAUUGCUCAUCUUCAUCCUCUGAAUCUGGUUCAUCAGUAGUUUUAAAGGCAUGUCAUUCCACUGCUGUCACUCACCCGAUCGAGUACUUGUAUGCAUGAACAACACAAUUGCAUGUAUGAAAGAGCACCUUAUAUGCCAUGUACCCCAAAGACAAUGGAGACGCUGUAGAAAUGAACUGCUUUUCACCAAAGAUCUUGUUAGAUUUCUGGUGUUCUCCACAUUUAUACACUGAACAGUUAAGCUUAUUGACUGAAACCCAUCACUGGCUGGACACAGUUUUACUCCUACCAGUGUGACGUGUCCGAUAUGUGAAGAGUUAAGCAGUGACAGUUUACAUCCAUGAUAUUUUUAUAUGGUAAUAAGCAUUUAUUUGUAAACGUACACAUUUAGGGAGAAUUUUUCACUGACAUGUUUCUCACUGAUUUAACUAAAACAUGCGUGUGAUGUCCUUUUCUCUCUUGCUGUUGCUCUUUGCUAGCUUUCUGUCCAUGUUGUAAUGUCUUUCUUUUAUUUUUCUCUUCUUUGAUUCACUUUUAGUCUUUUUCCAAGUUCCCUACGUUGACACCUCUGAGUCUGAAUCAUGUCAGCCCUGAAGGUGAUCAACUCUGCAUGGUCACCUGGCGUUGUGUAGUGGUCCCUCUCAUCAUAAGAAAGCAUGAUCAGCUUUCUAUACUGUUCAGCACCUACUGUUCGGUCCACAUACAACCUUUCACCUCACUAUUUCCAAAACUAAAAUGUUUGUUCAUUCCAUUGCCUCGCAUUUCAAGUGUGUUUUGGCAUGCCUGUAUUUCAUUCUGAUGGGGUGCAGUGCUUUUUGAGUGCAUGUUCAUUCUAAAUUCUGCAAGAAAAAAAUGCUGGCCUUUUUUAACUGUCUCCUAUUUUCUAUAUUUCUCUGUCUUUUAUGUUUGUCUUCUCUAUUUCAGAAUCCGUUACUCUUUCUGAAACCCGUUCAAGAGCUCCUUAGUCCUUGUCCUCUUGACAAGUGGGGAUUCAUGUACCUGAGUGGACUGUAGUUUAAGUGGCACCUUUUAUCUGACAUGUUGUAAAACUGUAUAAAGUUAUUUCAAGUGAAACUUGUAUUUUCCAAAUGGAAAUGUGCAUAUUAAUUUCUUUAUAAUAUUCAAAGCAAUGCACACAUACAAUAAAUUAACUGACUUGUUUUA